CAUAUAUAAAUAUAUACAUAUUAUUAAAAGUUUGCGGCUUGUGAUACAGAUUACAAUGUUGAAAUUGGUUAUUUAUAAACGAAUGAACUAUUUAUGAAUUUUGGAAGAAAAAACAUGUUGCAUGCUAUUGCUCAUGAUGUAACAAAGAAACCACGCACUAAGGAUGUAAAAAUACUGGAAGACGUAACUUUCUCUCAAAUGGGGCUUUCUCCAAAUAUUUUGAAUGGUUUAUCUAAUUGUGGUUUUCAAAGCCCAUCACCUAUACAACUCAAAGCAAUACCAUUGGGACGUUGUGGUUUUGAUUUAAUAGUGAAAGCAAAAUCUGGAACUGGAAAGACAUUAGUAUUUAGUACUGUGGCUCUUGAAAUGGUAAAUGUUCAAAUACCUUCUAUACAAGUUUUAAUAUUAGCACCUACGCGGGAAAUAGCUAUCCAAAUUUCGGAAGUUUUGUCAUCUAUAGGUUCUGAAUUACAAGGAUUAAAAGUUGAAUCUUUUAUUGGAGGAAUGAUUCUGGAUGGUGACAAGCAAAAACUUCGGGAAUGUCACAUAGCAGUUGGUGCUCCAGGUAGAGUCAAACAUUUGAUAGAGAAAGGAUUACUUAAAACUGACUAUAUCAGAUUGUUUGUUCUUGAUGAAGCAGAUAAAUUAAUGGAAAACAGUUUUCAAAAAGAUAUCAAUUACAUAUUUUCUAAAUUACCAUCUAGUAAACAAGUUAUAGCAUCAAGUGCAACUUAUUUAGGAGAUUUAGAAUUUUUUCUUCAAAUGUAUAUGUCUUCACCAGUCUUAACAUCCCCAGAUAAUGAUGGACUAAUUCUUUUUGGUUUAAAACAAUUUGUUUCUAUCGUUCCCUCACAUCCAAAUGCUAUGAAACAGGUCCAGAUAAAGGUAAAAGAGCUGGUCAAAAUUUUUAAUAACAUUCCAUUUAAACAAUGUUUAGUAUUUUCAAAUUAUCAAUCACGAGCACAAUCUGUCUGUAAUAAUAUUAAUUCACUGGGUUUUACUGCUACUUACAUAGGAGGAAAUCAAGAUAUGAUUAAGCGACAACAGGCUAUUAAAAAAUUAAAAACAUUGAUGUGUAGGAUAAUGGUAACAACUGAUUUAACUGCUAGAGGUAUUGAUGUUGAAAAUGUAAAUUUAGUAGUCAAUCUUGAUAUACCUGGAGACGCAGCUACAUAUUUACAUAGAAUUGGAAGAAGUGGUCGUUAUGGAUCUCAUGGAGUUUCUAUAACAAUUAUUUCAGACAAUGAAUUACAGUCUUUGAAGAAUAUACUAAGAAAUAUUGGGGGAAAUAAUUUUUCCAUUGCUAAACUUCCUGUAAAAUAUCCAUAUGAUAUUUGGAGUUGUGAUUAUGCAAUAUUCGAUAAAAUUUCUGCCCAUGAUACAGAUGAAGAAAAAAUUGACAAUAGUAUACUUGAUUCAAACAAUGGUUUGAUUUUUACACGUAACGAAAAAUCUCAGAGUAACAAAGAAUUUUUGCAGAAUAGUAGCAAUAAUUCAGAUAAUAUGAAGUUAUUUUUCAAUGAAAGCAACAUAUCAAAUGAGGUUAUAAUUAAUAAUUCAGUAAGUGAAAAUAAUAAGUCUAUUGAACAUAUGUUUAUACCACAAUCAGAAGACAAUACAUUAGCUGACUCAGUACUUGCACAACAGAUAAAAGAAAAGAACGAACAUGAAUAUUCUUUGAAGGAUAAAAUGGAAAAUGAAUUACCAAAUAUUGAUACUUCGUGUAUUAAAAUAUCACCAGAAAAUGUAUACAAAUUUAAAUUAAUAAAUAAUGUCUAUAAUCUAUCUGAAUUACAGAAACUUAACGAAGAUUUUGAGUUUAAAGUUGAUUUAUCUAAUGUUGAGCAAGAUGAAUUAUUAAAUAAUAGUAAUAAUAAAGUAAUGGAAUAUUUUUUCAAAUUUACUCUUAAUAAGAAAUAUAUUACAAAUAUGACUACUCAGACAAACGAUAAAAUUAACACUGAAAUUAGUAUUAGUGACAAUAAUUUGUUAUUUGAAAAUGAGGAAAAACAAGUCCAUUUCACAGAAAAUAAAAAUGCUUUAUGUACCGAGUUAUUAUUACCAGAGAAUACAGAAGACAUUGAUGUUCCUUUUAUUAAAGAAUUAUUGAACUAUUUGCAAAUACAUGCAGAAGGUUUACAAAAACAAACUAAACUUGAUAUAGUACAUAACGGUGAUGAUGACAAUGAUCCUAUAUUAAAUAUAGCCUCAGAAUGGAAUAAACAACUUAUUUUUGAAAUUUAUUUAUUAGACAAAACAAUGGAAAAAAUGUCAGAAUCUGUUUACAAAAUUACAGGAAAAGAAUAUUGUUCAGCUUUGAAAACUUUCUUUCAAGUACAGAGGAAAGCUUUUCUUUGUAUUUAUCCUGAACUUCGUACUGAUAAGGAAAUUGAUGAUACUUAUUUAUAUUCAUCAAAUGUAAAUCUAAACUUACUGGAUAUGUAUAAAGAAAUAGAAGAUUUUAAAAGUCGUUAUAGAAAAUCUGGACAAAAAUUUGAAGCUUACUUUUCCUAUCCGAUAAAAGAACACACUUUUAUGCCAAAUUUAAUGAUAUCGAAUAAAGAAAUUGAGAAUUAUCGUAAUGCAUUAAAAUAUUUACAAAAACAACCAGAUAAUAUAGUAAGAAUUAUGGAGUGGGUAAAACACGUUACUGUCUUUGAUAGAUGUGAAUAUAAUAAUUUUAUUACAAAAAUAAAAGAACAAAAUAAAAUAUCUUUUGAUGAACUAUUUGUUUUUAUAAAACAAGGGACUAAAAAUCAAAGAAAAGAAGUUAAAUUAAAUGAAAAUUCUUCGUAUCUCGCAAUACAUGAAAAUAAUUGUAUUCAAUUAAUAAAUUAUAAUCAUACAGACAGUUCUAUAUUAAAUCCAAUUCACAAACAAAGAGAAACUAUAAAGAGACUUGAUGAACAAAUGAAUGCUAUAAAUCUACUAAAUAAGUUAAAUACAAAUUCUAGCAUAGUAGUCCAUUCAGUUACACGUGAUCAAAAAUGUAAUACUAAUCUACAAGUAACGAAUGAAAGUAAUGAAACUGGUUUUCUAGAUAGAUUAUCAUUGAAUGUUUGUAAUACACCAACUCCAAUUGUAUAUAAGAAAACAAAAUGUAAUUAUAGACAGAAGAAACACUCAACAAAAACAUCUACGAAUUCAGAAAAGAACUUAAAUUUUAUUCAAACUACUUUUGUCCCAUUGGCAGAACCAUGCAGUGGACAAGUAGAUGUGGAAACCAUUAGUAGUCAUAAAAAACUGGUGCAUAAUUUUGAAAAUUUAAUUUCUAAAAAAUUUUUAGAUACAAAACAAAAUUCUAAUAUUAAUGUACAAACUACGGUACCAAUUUGCCAUAGAAAACAAUGCGAAGUUGAUACAAAAUCUGAUGAAGUUUAUUCUCACUGCAAUGUUAAUAAGUGGAAUAGUUAUGAUUACAAACAUAAUAUAGAUCCUUGGAUACAAUCUUGUUAUUUUAAUAACUAUUAUGUAGAUAAUAAUUUUUCUUAUAAUUUAAUUUAUGAUAGAUGUCAAAAACAAACUUUUCCAAGUAAUAAUUAUUACAAAUCAAGAAUUAGCCAAAAUGGUUUAAAUUAUUCUGUUAAUUCUGAUUCUAAAGAAGAAAUACAUAUUGAAGAAUUUUUUAAAUCUAUUAGAAGCCAAACUAAUAAUUUACAUUUGCAAAUUUAUCAAUCUCAGAUGUUAGGGAAGUAUACUGAAGAUGAGUAGCGAUAAUCAAAUGAUGCACUUAUACAUAUAAAUAUAAAUAGACGUACUUAUAAACUAAAUGUUAACUUAUUUUUGGUCAUGAUUUCCAAUGAUUGAUUUAUAAUCGAUUGGGAAUAUAUAAUGAUAUGCGAAAUGGUUGACGGUAAAAGGUCAUGUGGUAUGCAUUUAUAAGAUGCAUGUACUGUGUGCCAUAUGUAACCUUUUACUAUCGAUUCCGUACUACUUGAUCUUACGUAAUUCAAUUGAUCUUUCUCAAUUGAAUUUUGUGGAAUUACAAAUCGUAUAUAUUUUUAUUAAGUUAAAAGAUUAAUGUAAAAGAUGUGUAUUAUAGCGUUUUAGGAUAAGGAACAAUAUUACGUUUAUGGUUAAGUACAUAUAAAAUAUAAGAACUUCAUAAUACUUCCUGCAAUAAAAGCUACCUUUUAAUAAUGA